GUUUCAUAUAUAUAUGUAUAUACACAGGUGUCUGUAACAAGUCUUCAGAGUUCAAUUCAAACGUCUUUCGUGCAAGUUAGAAUUUGCAUUUAAUCGCAAAAUGGCUGUAGGAGGAAGACAUCACACAAACAAUGAUUUACAGUUGUUGCCGGACCGCUUUAAUAUACCGCUAUUCCUUUUGUCAAGACACCCCUUAAAGUCUGAUCGCCCAGAAGUUCUCAAAAAUUACUUGCAAAAACACUGUCCAUUGUAUCCGACGUCCUGUCACUUAGAUGAAGAUCCUAGAACAGCAGCAAAAACGUACGUAAAACACGUUGUCGGCUUGGAGAAAUCCAGAUUUGAUGAAAAGUGCAAAGGACAGCGUUUUGCAACUACACCGAGAAAACAAACUAGUAAAGAUACAUGGCAUUUACCACCAAAUUGUUACCAAUCAGAGAAAAAAAAAGACAAGCCAGGCCUUGGUGCGUUUUGGAAAAAGCUGCCAAAAAACAUUGGCCUACCGUCAUAUAAGCCUCCACUUCCUAAAUUUUAUGACUUACCUAGCUUUACCGAUACAUUGCAAAACAAAUCCAAUCAGCAAAAGGGGGUUUUUCUAUCCAAUGCACGGAAUCAUAGACCAACCGCCCGCUCAAUGGUUAUGAAUCCUCUCACAUGUUAUCGGAAUCCAAAGGAUCCAGGUCCAGCUAACUACACUCCUUACAAGGAAACAUAUAAAUGUGCUCCAACCCAUAAAACUAAGGAGUCAAAUCAAUUUUACUCCUCCACAACUGUUCCAAUAAAAGAUAUGUCAACACACUUAAAAAACGGUAGCUUCACACCUGCUCCAGGUCGUUAUGAUAAUCGUUUCAGAGAUAUUUGUGGAUGCUCACCAAAACUCACCUAUUGGCCUGACAUGCAGACUGAAAUUGACAAGCAAAAACGCAAGAAAUUUCGAUUGCAACCAUUCACGAAAAUCAAAGUAAAAAAUUUCUAUACUCCAGAAUGGCGGCACGUUAAAGGUAAUGGCUUCCAGCAUCUGUUCAAAACUGCUGGAAAGAAAACAUCUCCAAAAAAUCUUGCAAAAGCUCUCAAGCAAAAAAAAGGCUAUAAGCGUGUUCAAAUGCAUCCUGAUGCCAGAUAUUUUAAGAUGAUAAACACUCCACAUAGAUAUAUGGACUCCACAUUUCGUACAACCAUACCCCACCUGCAAAGGCCAAUGCAGUUCAACUGCAUGGUGAAGCGUGUCAUACGUAAACAGUUGCGCAAUAAUAAGAAAAUCGCAUUCGGAAGCAGCUCUGACCGCUUUAAAGAUACUGAACGUACCACUCAUACCAUCACUCCUGCUCAAUUAGAAACACUUAGAAAUACAUUGCCACCGGAAAGACAAUUCCGUGAUUAUCCCGUUAUGCGUGUUAAUCCUGAGGAAAUAGUUUCUGAUUUGUUUAAGGUUCCUGCUCAUUAUAAGCCUGUGAGUGUCGUCAAAGAAGCUAAACGUCAAUUCAAGUUUGCUAACUUGCCGGAACCAAAAAUAUUAGUAACCGAAAAGGAUACUCACGUCAUUUCAAGUGCCGGUGAUGUAAUUGAAUGUAAAGGCUUGUUUACAGACAAUAUAGAUCCUCGAAAAUUUUUCAGGGAUAAUAUAGAAGAGGAACUACUACACCAGUAUGAACUCUGUGUCAAAAUCUAAAUUACGUAGUGAAUCUCAAUGUGAACUAUAUUUUUAUGUGAUUUUAUAAAUCAUGUUAUUAGCACGUAAGAUAACUUAAGCGAUAAGUAUAGUAAAUAUAGUAAAAAUUUAAAACUCA